ACCGAUUCAGCCCAGUAGAAGCGUUCCUAGUGGGAGGCGGUGCCACGAACCAGGAGAGAGAAUCUGCAACUAUCCUCGCUUCUCAACGUCUCCUCCUUCUCCUUCUUCAUCUUCUCGAACCUUCCGCGUCGCUCAUCCGCAUCCCAAAAUGCGCGAAAUUGUGCACCUGCAAGCCGGUCAGUGCGGGAACCAGAUCGGAGCUAAGUUCUGGGAGGUGAUCAGUGACGAGCACGGCAUUGAUCCCACCGGGACAUACCAUGGCGACAGCGACCUGCAGCUUGACAGGAUCAGCGUCUACUACAAUGAGGCCACUGGUGGAAAGUAUGUUCCCCGUGCCAUCCUGGUGGAUCUUGAGCCCGGAACCAUGGACUCCGUCAGGUCCGGACCCUUUGGUCAGAUCUUCAGACCUGACAACUUUGUCUUUGGUCAGAGCGGAGCCGGCAACAACUGGGCCAAGGGCCACUACACGGAGGGAGCUGAGCUAGUGGAUUCUGUCCUGGACGUGGUGAGGAAGGAGGCUGAGAGCUGUGACUGCCUGCAGGGCUUCCAGCUGACCCACUCUCUGGGUGGCGGCACCGGCUCAGGCAUGGGCACGCUGCUCAUCAGCAAGAUCCGGGAGGAGUACCCGGACCGCAUCAUGAACACCUUCAGCGUGGUGCCCUCACCAAAGGUGUCCGACACAGUGGUGGAGCCGUACAACGCCACCCUGUCGGUGCACCAGCUGGUUGAGAAUACGGACGAGACGUACUGCAUCGACAACGAGGCGCUCUACGACAUCUGCUUCCGCACUCUGAAGUUAACCACGCCCACCUACGGAGACCUCAACCACUUGGUGUCGGCCACCAUGAGCGGCGUCACCACAUGCCUGCGUUUCCCUGGUCAGCUGAAUGCUGACCUGCGCAAGCUAGCCGUCAACAUGGUGCCCUUCCCCCGCCUGCACUUCUUCAUGCCUGGUUUCGCCCCUCUCACCAGCAGGGGGAGCCAACAGUACCGCGCCCUCUCAGUUCCCGAGCUCACCCAGCAGAUGUUCGACGCCAAGAACAUGAUGGCGGCAUGCGACCCGCGCCACGGCCGCUACCUAACCGUGGCCGCCGUCUUCCGCGGCCGCAUGUCCAUGAAGGAGGUGGACGAGCAGAUGCUGAACGUGCAGAACAAAAACAGCAGCUACUUCGUGGAGUGGAUCCCCAACAACGUCAAGACGGCCGUCUGCGACAUCCCGCCGCGCGGCCUGAAGAUGGCCGCCACCUUCAUUGGCAACAGCACCGCCAUCCAGGAGCUCUUCAAGCGCAUCUCCGAGCAGUUCACGGCCAUGUUCCGACGCAAGGCUUUCCUCCACUGGUACACGGGCGAGGGCAUGGACGAGAUGGAGUUCACCGAGGCCGAGAGCAACAUGAACGACCUGGUUUCCGAGUACCAGCAGUACCAGGAUGCCACCGCUGAAGAGGGCGAGUUCGAGGAGGAAGGCGAGGAAGAGGGAAACUAAAAACCUCCCAUAUCACCUUCCCCAACACGCCAGCGGUUCGCUGACAAUGACGACCAUUCACGUCCAAUCCACAUGAACCCGGUUCAAGUGAUUGAAUGCAACUGACCGACAAUGUCAGCGAACGAUUAAUGAAACCAUCUCACCUCAGCCCUCCUAGCUCCACGUUGCUCUGAUGUGUUGUUAGACGUUAGCUAUGUUCGGAAUCAUUCAUUUAUUCAUUCACUCCAACUCUCACUGCAGAAAUAUUUCUAUCAAGGUCCACUAAAAUUUCAAAUAUCGUAUUUUUCAGACUAUACACUCCAAAAAAAGUGAAUUUAUAGAAUACUGGCAGCUGGGGUUGCCUGAAUAUUUCUUUCAUCGUAAAAAAAAUUGUAAAGUGCAACAGCAACUCUAAAUAUUACGGUAGAUUUUUGUAGAAAAUGAUGGAAGAACACGAAUUUGUUUCAUAUUUAUUUUAUACCAGGAUUAAAAAACAACUCGAUUACUUUGGCAGUCAAGGGUGCCGACUACCGAGCAACUGAAGGCAGGUUGGAGGGAGUGCUGCACGUAUAAAACGUUGGGAAAACCAUACUCCCUGAGAAUCUAUAAGAGGGUACCAGCAGCUCAAAUCAAUGGGGCUAUUGGCUCAGUAGUCAGCACGCUGAACUACCACAGUGACAAUGUUGAUUUAAAUCCUGAUUAUAAAGGGCGGAGAGUGAGUUAUUUGGAUAAAUAAAACAACAUAACAAUUUCACGGCUAUCAAUGUGUAAAAUAAAAAAAAUCAUAAUAUGAGUAGCACCAAAGUCUAAGUCGCAGGCCCAAAAAACUAUGGAAAAACACUGCGACUUAUAUCCCGGAAAAUACGGUACUAAUAUAUUUUUUUCGUAACCACUGGUUUUACAUUAUAGAAGACGUAACUUGUACUCACUCCACAUUUUGAUUAGUACCACAAAAUUCACAACACACUCACUACUACAGUAGCUAGUGAGUGAUUCCGAACUAGUGAAGGUUUUGCUUGUGGUUGUAAACGCACUAAAUCGACCCUCACAUUUAGACCCCUCAUCCUUGCCAUUGUUUCCAAGCAAGAGAGUUUAACUGUGAAGCCGUUCCAUUGGAUAAGCAUUAAUAAAACAUCUGUUUCAAAGGUCA